AUUGACAGCAACCAUGGCAGUAGCAGUGUGCUAGUGGUGGAAAAGUGUGUUAUUGAAAAAUGUUUCAGUCGUAACAAGACAUAAACAACGAAUUUUGCUGCUGUUUGUUAAGUAGGACGUGAAUACAAAAGAAAUUCUUAACAGGAAUUUUAAAAUGUAUUCCAAUAACGUUGUGACUGAAAGCGGGGAUACUUUUAUACCUGCUUCUCAAAGACCUGACGGAACUUGGCGUAAAGCUCGCAGAGUUAAGGAAGGCUAUGUCCCACAAGAAGAAGUGCCAUUGUAUGAAAGUAAGGGCAAACAAUUCAUGAACAAAAAUACGAAACCUGAACCAGUCAAGCUAUCGACGGGAGAAACAGCACACCGUCCCAUUCCCGGGCUUUUUAUUAUAGAAGACAAAGAAAAAAAACAACCUAAAAAGAAAAAUAAAAAAGUUGAAGAAGUAACAAAGCAGCUAGAAAACACCACAAUUAGUGAAAAAACAAAAGACACACCUGCACAAACAGAUCCAGCUAAAAAGCUGAAAAAUUUGAAGAAGCGACUAAGGGAAGUGGAAGCUUUGGAAGAAAAAUUGAAAAAUGGUUUGAUACCGAAACCUGAGCCUGAACAACUUACAAAAAUACAAAGAAAAAACGACUUAUUGAUGCAAAUACGCGAGUUGGAAAAACAAAUUGGCUAAUUUUAUUAACAAGUACAAGUGUAAUGUUUUAUUAGGUAAAGUUUUACUCUCUUUAUUGGAUUAAGGGCGUCAAUUUUACUUGAUAGUGUCACACUGCCCACAAAUCAGUAAUUUGAACCUUUUGAAGCCCCUGAAUGCCAUAUACAAGGGUGCAAUAUUUAAACUUGGGCUUUGAAUGGUUUAAAACUCAUCCACUGUGAUAGUUUGUCCUGUCAUUUCAUUUUAAAUAAAAAUGAAAAUAAUUGCCGAUUUUA